AUGGCGCCCACCUCCUUGGAUGGACGGGAAGCUGUUGAAACUCGAGUUGUUACAGACAAUUGCUCCGAGGAAAGCAAGAUCUUCACUUUGAAUGUGCAAAUGAACUCAAUGGAUAUCCAUUGCAAUGACAUUGUCCAGGGAAACAUACAAGGUCCCAGUGCAGUCGCCUUCAUUUCAUACUCCUCUCUUGGAAACAUCAUAAAUGCAACUUUUUUUGAAGAGAUGGAUGAGAAAGAUCGAGUUUACCUGAACUCCCAAGUAGUGAGUGCUGGUAUUGGACCCAAAAGGAACACAUCUUUCUCCAAGUCUGUGACUCUGAGUUUUCAGCACAUGAAGAUGAGGCACGGCAGCAAUAAGGUCUUCUGCGUCUACUGGAAAAGCACGAACGGGGACGGCCACUGGUCCCGGGAUGGCUGUUUCCUGAAAGAAGUGAACGAAAGUCACACCACGUGCAGUUCCACCCACCUGUCCAGUUUCGCUGUCCUCAUGGCCUUCAACAGCCAGGAGGAGGACCCUGCGCUGGCUGUGAUCACCUACGUGGGGCUGGGCCUCUCUCUGCUGUGCCUCCUCCUGGCAGCCCUCACCUUCCUGCUGUGCAGAGCCAUCCAGAACACCAGCACCUCGCUCCACCUGCAGCUCUCCCUCUGCCUCCUCCUGGCCCACCUCCUCUUCCUCACAGCCAUCGACCGAACCGAGAUCAAGGUGCUGUGCGCCCUCAUCGCGGGUGCCUUACACUAUCUCUACCUGGCCUCCUUCACCUGGAUGCUGCUGGAGGGCCUGCACCUCUUCCUCACUGCUCGCAACCUGAUGGUGGUCAACUACACCAGCGAGAGCAGGUUCAUGAGGAAGCUCAUGUUCCCUGUGGGCUACGGGGUCCCGGCUGUGAUUGUGGCCAUUUCUGCAGCAUCCAGGCCUCACCUUUAUGGAACACCCGAUCGCUGCUGGCUCCACGUGGACCAGGGAUUCAUCUGGGGUUUCCUCGGCCCCGUCUGCGCCAUUAUCUGUGUGAAUUUAGUAUUUUUCCUCUUGGUUCUCUGCAUUUUGAAAAGGAAAUUUUCCUCUCUCAACAGUGAGGUGUCAACCAUCCAGAAUGUAAGGAUGCUGACAUUUAAAGCCACAGCUCAGCUCUUCAUCCUGGGCUGCACGUGGUGUCUGGGAAUCCUGCAGGUGGGUCCAGCUGCCCACGUCAUGGCCUACCUCUUCACCAUCAUCAACAGCCUGCAGGGCGUCUUCAUCUUCCUGGUGUACUGCCUCCUCAGCCAGCAGGUUCGAAAGUGGUUUGGACAGAUCAUGAAAUUUAAAUCUGAGUCUGAGACUUACACACUUUCCACCAGGCCUGGCCCAGACUCAAAACCCAGCAAGGUAAGAGGACUUGUCACCUAUUCUUUGUGUUUGACCCCUUGA